AAAAUGGCUGCCCUUAUAGACAACGAUUUAAUUGAAAGUGAUUUGCCCAAAGCUGUACAGCUGCUAAAUAGUCUCACAGAACAGGUGGCCUCAGUUACGAGUCAUGUCCGUGAGCUGCUAACACAAGCCAAAGCUGGAGCAUUGAAGACAUCAAAGGGUUUGUCUUUUCUGGACCUUCGGUAUCAUCUGCUGCUCUUCUACCUCCAAGACCUCACUCACCUGAUCAGCAUCAAGACCGAAGGAGGCAAAAUAAAAGACAGCGAAGCCUUGAACAGAGUGGUCACAAUCAGAACGGUUCUGGAGAAGAUGCGACCACUAGACCACAAACUCAAGUACCAGAUUGAUAAACUGGUACGCACAGCCGUCACUGGUAGUUUAGCUGAAAAUGACCCACUGCAGCUGCGUCCUAAUCCAGAGAAUCUCAUCAGCAAAUUGAGUGAAUCUGAGGAGUCUGAAGAUGAAGCUGAGCAGAAGACAGAGAAGAAAGCAGCCAACUCCAGUGGCAGGAAAUAUGUUCCGCCAAGGAUUGCAGCAGUGCAUUAUGAUGGUGACAUGACUGAAGCGGAUAGGAAGCAGGCUCAGGCAGAACGCCAGCGGCGGGCUGCCCUCAGAAGCUCUGUGAUCCAGGAGCUGAGACAGCAGUACAGCGACGCUCCAGAAGAGAUCAGGGACAGGCGAGACUUUCAGAGCGAGCGGGAGAGCCACGAGGAGCUGCACAGGAAAAAUUAUGAGGAGUCAAUGAUGGUGCGUCUCAACAUGCCCAAACAUCAGAAGGCCAGCAGAAAGAGAGGCAUGAUGUCCAUGUCGGGCCAGCUGAGCGGUAUCACACACUUCGGUGACAUCACAGCACUGACAGGCGGCGAAGGCGGGCAGGACGGGGAUAACCCUCGGCAAAAGAAAAAGAAGAAACCCAUGAAGAAGAAAACCAAAAGAAAAGCUUUUAAGAAGCACAGAUAGACCUGUGAUAGGAAGACCAACAUGAAGAUUUCUUACCAGCAGCCAUCAUCGUUUUACUUUACUUUUACGCUAAACUUCAGAGUGUAAAAGAUUUUAUUACCAAUAAGUUGGUUGUACUAAAGCUGUAAAAUCCCCACCACCUCUGUAUUGAGAAUGACUUCUUCAUUCAGUUUAUGGAAUAAAUAUUUACUGUUAA